AUGGCCAUGCAGACAGGGCACCUGCUGCCACCGCAGCUUGGGGCUCCUCCUGGUGCACGGCGUCUGGACUCCCCUCCGCGCGGUUCACCUCGCCGGGGUUCGCCUGGACACAGCCCGCCGGCCCGCAUCGGUGAGCCUGAGUCCAGACUGAAGGCAGAUGUGUCGCUGCCGUCGCUGGCGAGGCGGAUUGAGGCCCCGAAGAAGAUGAUCGAUCCGCCAGCUGCGGUGGAGCUGAGACCCCCCACACGGGAGCUUGGCGUGGUGGGGACCGCAGACGUUCUGAGGCGCUUCCGCCGCGACCAUGGCCUUUUCGCGGAGCUGAGUUUGGCGGAGCUGGAGGAUCUGGCCGAGUUGAUUUCCCCUUUGGGCUUUCGACGAGGGGAAAUCCUUUUCUUGCGGGGCGAGCCGGCUUCUUGGCUAGGUCUGCUGAUGGCUGGGAGAGCCCAGGCCAGCCUUCCCCAAAUCGGCAGCGAGCUACGUUUGGGAAACCACCAGGCAGGCGAGAUCGUCGGAAGUGCCCGGGUUGCCUUGUGGGAGAGGAGCCAUGCUCGACCCUACACUCUGAGGGCCCUGGAGGAUGGCUGCAUUGCUGUCCUGAGCUUCGAUCAACUGGAAUCUCUGCGACGGUCGCGGCCUGCCUUCCACCACUCGCUGCUCAGAGUCCUGCUGAUGCAACUCGCUGACUCAUCAGGCUCUUUCUUUCGCGGCUGUCCCGUCUCGAACCGCUUGAAGUGGAACCUGGCAGCCUUCACGGAACGCCGGGUCCUGGACUUUCUCGUAAGACUGAGAGAUGAAGGAAAGCUUCUCCCUUGCGCAGACUAUCAUUCCUUGUUGGCCUUGGCUUGCCGGCUCCGCGUGGCUCAGUGGCAGCCACGUGUCAGCGUGCUGGCUCGUGGAGAGCCUUUAGAAGGAGCCCUGAUUGUGUUAGACGGCAAGUUCACAGGCUUCCGGGAAGCUGGGAGCUCGCCCUCUGUGUGGUUCGAUCCCGGAGACGUUGUAGGUCUUGAGUACCUUCUGGGAGGCGUGCAGCCUUGCCCACUGGAUGUCUUCGCUGCCCGGCCAACCUUGGCCGCUUUGCUCCUUCCCUCGGAUUUGGAGGACCUUCGAAGAGAGUAUCCCUCCUUGGCCACGGAGGUUCUGCAAGGCUUCUACAGUAAGCUCUUCUCUGAACUGGCCGCAACCCAUCCGGAGCCUCUGCUGCUAGUGGCAGAAGCCAGCGACAAAGUGCAGUUCCAGCCCAGCGAGUCUCCGAUCUUCGCCGCCACACCCCUGCGCUUUGCCGGUAACCUCUCGCCCGAAGAUGUGCAGAUGGCUUUGAAGCUGGCAGAAACCACGGCUCCGACACCGCGCGGAGUCCACCCUGCUGCCCGCGUCACCUCGGCUUUCUCAGACGUCAUGGAGGGAUCUGCGUUGCGGGACGAUGCGGCCAUCAGGCGUUACCUCUCGGAUCCGCACGGCUUGACAGCAUCCUGGGCAGAGCAG